AUGUUCAAUGCAGGCUCUAAUUCAUUUAAACCCAAAUAUCAGAAGCUGAAAGGCUCCCUACCAUUCCCGGCUACUUUUAAUAAAAUACUGAAUCUUAAAAAGCUGAACUUAACCACAUACGUUGCAAUUUUAUUGUUUAUUUGGUUUUUCUUGAAUCCAUUCAGUCUAGUUAGCAAUAUAUUCCGUGGAAAUUCGCUGUUAGAAUAUCCUCCGGGUCAUCCAUUAACCAGUAAGAAUACUAUCGAAACGACUUCCAAAUAUAUAUACCCACCCAUUGAGGAUGCACCAUUAUUGAAACAGCUUGGUGUCAGUAAGUUAGUUCAUGAGUCUAGAGUAAGAGAUGCAAAUGCUCCUGAGAUCGAAAAAAUUAUUGUUAGAUCAUUAAAUGCCUUUGAUGAUCCAAAUCCUGAAACCCAGAAUGUGAAGGAAGAGAACGAAAAUGCCGUCCUGAGUUUAUCCAGAGCUAAGAAUCGGUUUAAGAACCAAGAUAAAGUGGUUUAUAAACCAAAAAAUACCAAGAAUUAUCCUGAUAUUGUGAUUGUCACUGCAGUGGAUUUUGAAAAAUAUUCGGUAGAUGCUUUAACCAAAAUCGUACAGAAUAAAGUUGAUUACGCCCAUGAGCAAAACUAUGGUGUGUAUGUUCGCUGGUAUCAAGAGUUUCUUCCUGUUUUAAAUUCUAUGGAUAUUUUGAAAUCCAAGGAAAAGGCUAAAUGGAUGAGGUUAUAUUGUUUGAGAGCUGCAAUGUUUGCAUUUCCUGAAGCAAAGUGGUUUUGGUAUAUUGAUCAAGACUCAUUAAUCAUGGAUAUGUCUAUUAACUUGCAGGACUACUUAUUGUCCCCGGAAGCAUUAAAUCCAGUAAUUUUAAAAGAGCAGCCAAUUAUCCCACCCGACGGAAGAAUUAAAACUUAUCGUAACUCUAAUGCGGACUUGACUAAAUUAAUUAUAACACAAUCAGAAAAUAAAGUGGAAUCUCAUUCAUUUUUAGUUAAAAAUGAUUAUGUUGGAAGGGCUAUUAUUGAAGCAUGGGCAUUUGAAUUAUUCUCGAAGUAUGAGAACUUCCCAUUUGGACCUGAUUCUGCUUUGACACAUUUGUUACAAUGGCACCCAUUCAUUUUAAGUAAAUCAAGCAUCGUGCCUGCAAGAACAAUUGCUGCACAGCAUAGUCCAAUUGAUUUACCCGUUGAUAAGAAUGGCAAAGCAGGUGACCAUAUUCAUUACUACGACGGUGAUUUGGCAGCCUUUUGGUCUAAUUGUGGAUCUCAAGAAGAGUGUGAAAAAUUUUUAGAUCUUUAUUAUUCUAAAUUGAAGGGAAAGAAAAGUAACCAGGAUUAG